GAGUCAACUGAUGUAAGAAACAUUGAAGAGACCAAGUCAGAAGUGAGUGGUUGUACCUUUCGUCUUCAUAUUAUUACUCCAACAGACUGCACCAAAGCGUCUAUUUCCUCUACAAUUCUAUGUUUCUGCGAAUUAAUCAACACAAAAAUGACCAUUCCACUACCGUUCAUGCUUGUCAUGAUCAUAGCCAACCUGCUUUUCCUCUCAUCCAAAAUUUCUUCAGAAACCAACACCAUCUCCCAGCUCCAGCCACUCCCCGAUGGAACUACCUUGGUUUCCGAAGAUGGAACCUUUGAGCUGGGUUUAUUCAGCCCAGGUAGUUCCACAAACCGCUACCUAGGAAUCUGGUUCAAAACCAUCAAACCAAAAACCGUAGUUUGGGUUGCCAACCGCGACAACCCAAUCAACAACACCAAUUCCACCACUAAGUUAACCAUAACAAAAGAAGGAAACCUCGUACUUCUCAACCAAAACAACAACAUUAGUUGGUCAACAAACACAACAACAAAAGCCACCAACGUUGUGGCACAGCUCUUGGACACAGGCAACUUGGUCCUAAGAGACGAGGAAGACAACAAUCCUCCAAAAUUCUUGUGGCAGAGCUUCGACCAUCCUUCGGAUACGCUUUUACCAGGAAUGAAACUAGGUUGGGAAAAAGUAACAACAAAGGGUAGUCUUAAUCUUAACAGGUACCUCACUGCAUGGAACAAUUGGGAAGACCCAUCUUCUGGUCACUUCACUUACGGCUUCAGCAGAAGCACCAUUCCCGAAAAGCAAAUGUGGAACGGGUCGUCGUUGUUCUUCCGAAACGGCCCUUGGAACGGAAUUCGCUUCAGCGGCACACCCUCGUUGAAACACCGUCCGUUAUUCGGUCUCACUUUCGUGUACAACGCGGACGAGUGCUAUUUCCAGUUCUACCCCAAGAACAGUUCGUUAAUUUCCAGAAUUGUCCUCAACCAAACCGAUUACGCUCUUCGGCGUUUCGUGUGGGUCGAGGAAAGUCAAAAGUGGAAGCUGUACAUGACUGUUCCCGGAGAAUAUUGCGACGAGUAUAACCACUGUGGCUCUUUUGGGUACUGUGCGAUGUUGGGUAAGUUCCCAUCGUGCAAGUGUUUGCUUGGAUUUGAGCCAAAAUCGCCGCAAAACUGGGUCGCAAGUAACUGGAGUCAAGGGUGUGUGCUGAGUAGUAAAAGAUGGAGGUGUAGGGAGAAAGAUAAAGAUGGUUUUGCAUUGUUUAGUAACAUGAAGGUUCCAGACACCAACACAUCUUGGAUUAGUAGAUAUAGUAAUAUGACACUUGAGAAAUGCAAGGAAAAGUGUUGGGAGAAUUGUUCGUGUACGGCUUAUGGUAGCUCUGACAUCACUGGAAAGGGAAGUGGUUGUAUCCUGUGGUUCGGUGAUCUAUUGGACUUGAGACUGCUUCCUAAUGCAGGGCAAGAUAUUUACGUUAGAGUGGAUAUCUCCCAAAUAGGUGCAAAAGGUGGUUCUACUUCUAGGAAAGUGCUUGUUGUGGUCACAGGCAUUGUUUCAUCUAUUAUUGCUAUUCUUGUGAUAUUCGUGCUCGUUUACUGCAACAAGUUUAGAAGCAAAGUGGGAACAGAUGUCAUGAAGACAAAAGUAAAAAUAAAUGAUAGCAAUGAAGAAGAAUUGGAACUACCUUUGUUUGACUUUGAUACAAUAGCAUUUGCUACUAAUGAUUUUUCAAGUGACAACAAGCUUGGCCAAGGUGGUUUUGGUCCUGUAUAUAAAGGCACAUUACCAGAUGGACAAGAUAUUGCAGUCAAAAGGCUUUCACAAACAUCUACACAAGGAUUAACAGAAUUUAAGAAUGAAGUUAUAUUUUGUUCAAAACUUCAACAUCGAAAUCUUGUUAAAGUUCUUGGUUGUUGCAUCAAUGAGCAGGAGAAAUUACUCAUCUAUGAGUACAUGCCGAACAAAAGCCUAGACUUCUUUCUUUUUGAUUCUUCUCAAAGCAAACUUUUAGAUUGGUCCAAGCGAUUGAACAUAAUAAAUGGAAUUGCUCGAGGACUUCUUUAUCUUCACCAAGAUUCUAGAUUGAGGAUCAUACACAGAGAUUUAAAAGCAAGUAAUAUUUUGCUAGAUAAUGACAUGAAUCCUAAAAUUUCUGAUUUUGGGUUAGCACGAAUGUGCAGAGGUGAUCAAAAUGAAGGCAAUACAAGUAGAGUUGUUGGUACAUAUGGUUAUAUGGCACCUGAAUAUGCAAUUGAUGGAGUAUUCUCCAUCAAAUCUGAUGUCUAUAGCUUUGGCAUUUUACUACUAGAGGCUUUAAGCGGAAAGAAAAAUAAAGGGAUUUCCUACUCAAAUAGCAGCUACAAUCUUAUUGGACAUGCAUGGAGGUUAUGGAAAGAGUGCACCCCAAAGGAAUUCAUUGAUACUUGUUUGGGGGAUUCAUACGUUAUAUCUGAAGCCUUGCGAUGCAUUCAUAUUGGUCUUUUAUGUGUGCAACAUCUACCUGAUGACAGACCAAAUAUGACAUCUGUGGUUGUAAUGUUGUCUAGUGAAAGUGUUUUACCACAACCAAAAGAGCCUGUUUUCUUAACAGAAAAAGUUUCAGUUGAGGAACAUUUUGGGCAAAAGAUGUACUAUUCAACCAAUGAAGUAACUAUCUCAAAGUUGGAACCAAGAUAAAGAAAUAGUUUAAUUUCUUUCCUUGCUUGUUAAUGCUGAGAGGUUGGGUUGUAUCCUACUACUAAAUUCAUGUAUAUAUUUUUUUUCAUAAGUUUGUUCUAUUUAAAACCUUCAUUUCAACAUCCAA